AUGACUGUUAUAUACUCCCUCUCUCCUGGGGAGGACACUGCGCCGAAUAACAUAUAUGUUGUAUAUACCUUCGCGCUGGUGGGGGGGGCGGUGGCAGAUCUAUCUAUCUAUCUAUCUAUCUAUCUAUCUAUCUAUCUAUCUAUCUCAUUCUGUUUAUCUAUCUAUCUAUCUAUCUAUCUAUCUAUGAAGAAACCGCACACUGACAUUCACCAUCCAAAAACAAAUAUCUGUUCAUAUACCCCCCUCUCUCUCUCUCUCCCUCUCCCCCCUCUCUCUCUCGAUCACAGUCAGUUCAUUAUCUAUCUAUCUAUCUAUCUAUCUCAUUCAUAUAUAUAUAUAUAUAGGGUGACCAAAAAAAAAAAAAACGUCAGUUCAUUAUCUAUCUAUCUAUCUAUCUAUCUAUCUAUCUAUCUCAAUGUGUACACAUACAUCUCUCUCUCUCUCUCUCUUUAUCUCAGUCUGUUCAUAUACCCCUUUAUAUCUAUCACAGUCUGUUCGUUUUUAUCUAUCUAUCUAUCUAUCUAUCUAUCUAUCUAUCUUAAGUGUUCAUAUCUAUCUAUCUAUCUAUCUAUCUAUCUAUCAUACAGAAUUGAUAUCAAUCUUAGUGUUCAUAUCUAUCAAUCUAUGUAUCUAUCUAAAUAUCUAUCAUAUCUAAUUAUAUCUAUUUGUCGUAGAGUGUUCAUAUCUAACUAUCUAUCUAUCUUUCCCAUAUAA